ACGGGAGUACUUACACCCAAACUUGUGAUAUGAUAUAACAUUCUGGACCUUCCAGUUUUCAGUCUCCAUUUCCUUCAAGUUCGAAGUCUACCCUCAUUAAAUAUUGACUGUGGAGUUUUCGCACUUCAGCGCAGGACAUGGUUCGGUUCAAGAAUCGCUGGCUCCUUGUCGAAUUCGUUGACACGUCUACGGUGGACGCUUCCGCUGAAAAAGAGUCCCUAAGCACGCGACCUCUGGACGGGAGGUUGAUCUACAACGCUCUUCGCGACAGUGUUGUGACAAACUUUGGCGACACUGGAUGGGGAGCAGUAGGGAUGUCGUUGAACGUCAAGUACUUUUCACCGCUCACGAACCUCUGUAUUAUUCGCGUUGCACGAGACCAACAUCGAAUUGCAUGGGGUGCAGUCACGCUUCUCACCAGCAUCCACGAUGUCAGGGUCAUUCCGCGUGUUGUUCAUGUCUCAGGCACCAUCAAACAUACGCAACUCUCUGCAAUCGCACACAACCGAGAAGUUAUUGCGCGGUUUCGCACUAAACUCAAAAAUACCGCAUUCCAUCAUGACUCAUAUGACGACUAUCUUGCGCGAAGUACUCGUGAGAUAGAGGCUUUGCAUGAUUGAAUCAGUCUGGGGGUAUCGUGACCCUUGUGACUCCGAGGAGCUCUUCAGCUCCCAUUUUUGGUGGUGCGCUUUGAGCCUGCAUUCUCAGAUUGCUCCCAACGUCCCCAUUUGCUGCACGAAACCGGGC